AUAUGGAGAGUGUUUUGGCUCAUGAGGACUGUGGUGGAUUUCGCGUUGCCUCAGGAGACUUAUGCACCCCAUUCAAUACGGACUGAAGGGCACUUGACCCUCGGUGGACUCUUCCCGGUGCACGCCAGAGGGGCCGACGGCACACCGUGCGGAGACCUGAAAAAGGAGAACGGCAUCCAGCGGCUUGAGGCCAUGAUGUACGCUUUGGACCAGAUUAACCAGGACGAGCAACUCUUACCCAACAUCACCUUAGGCGCCCGGGUGCUGGACACUUGUUCGAGGGAUACAUACGCGCUGGAGCAAUCUUUAACUUUCGUUCAAGCCCUGAUCACGAAGGACACCUCCGACGUGAGGUGCACUAAUGGGGAGCCACCGGUGUUUGUCAAGCCUGAAAAAGUGGUGGGAGUCAUCGGAGCCUCGGCGAGUUCAGUAUCGAUUAUGGUUGCCAACAUCCUACGCCUCUUUCAGAUCCCACAGAUCAGCUAUGCGUCAACAGCCCCAGAGUUGAGUGACGACAGGCGCUAUGACUUCUUCUCGCGGGUGGUUCCCCCAGACUCAUUUCAGGCCCAGGCCAUGGUAGACAUUAUCCAAGCCCUGGGCUGGAGUUAUGUCUCCACUGUCGCCUCAGAGGGCAGCUAUGGAGAGAAAGGAGUGGAGGCUUUCACACAACUCUCUAAAGAAGCAGGUGGAAUAUGUGUCGCCCAGUCUUUGAAAAUUCCCCACAACCCCAAGCUGGAGGAUUAUGACAAAAUCAUCCAACAACUGCUGGAAACCCAGCACUCACGGGCAGUCAUCAUCUUUGCUAGUGAAGAAGACAUACGUGGAGUUCUCAACGCCACCAAGAGGGCCAAUCAGGUGGGCCAUUUCCUGUGGAUUGGAUCCGACAGCUGGGGGGCCAAGAGCAGCCCGAUCCACCAGCUCGAAGAUGUAGCAGUGGGAGCAGUCACUAUACUGCCCAAACGCUCCUCCAUUAAAGGGUUUGAUGAAUACUUUACUGCGCUCACGCUUGAGAACAACCGCAGGAACGUGUGGUUUGCUGAGUUUUGGGAGGAAAACUUUGACUGCAGGCUUCUCAGUGCCUCCAAGAGAGAGGAUACCAGCCGUAAAUGCACAGGCCAGGAGCGCAUUGGGGCCGACUCUAAGUACGAGCAGGAAGGGAAGGUGCAAUUUGUGAUUGAUGCUGUGUACGCCAUGGCCCACGCUCUCCACAACAUGCAGAGGGACUUGUGUCCUGAUCAUCCUGGUGUGUGUCCACAGAUGGAGACUGCAGAGGGAAAGACUCUGCUGAAGUACAUACGCAACACCAGCUUCAAUGGCAGUGCCGGCACCUCUGUUGUGUUUAACAAGAAUGGCGAUGCUCCCGGACGCUACGACCUGUUCCAGUUCCAGAUGACCAACUCCUCCACCCCAGAGUACAAGGCGGUAGGACAGUGGGUGGAAACCCUGCAGCUCAGGCUGGAAGAGCUUCAGUGGCCAGAUGGGGAGCAGGAGGUGCCUAUCUCUGUGUGCAGCCUGCCCUGCAAGACUGGAGAGAGGAAGAAGAGGGUAAAGGGCAUGCCGUGCUGCUGGCACUGUGAACUAUGUGAUGGCUACCAAUACCAGUACGAUGAGACUUCCUGCAGAUUGUGUGCCUACAACAUGAGGCCCAACUCCAACAGAACCGCCUGCCAGCCAAUCCCAAUUGUCAAGCUGGAGUGGCACUCCCCGUGGGCGAUCAUUCCCGUCUUCCUGGCUAUGCUUGGUAUCAUCGCCACCAUCUUCGUCAUGGCAACCUUUGUACGCUACAACGACACGCCCAUUGUCCGGGCAUCAGGCCGAGAGCUUAGCUACGUGCUGCUAACUGGCAUCUUUCUAUGUUACAUCAUCACCUUCCUCAUGAUUGCCAAGCCUGAUGUAGCUGUGUGUGCCUUCAGAAGGAUCUUCCUGGGUCUGGGCAUGUGCAUCAGCUAUGCUGCACUGCUCACCAAGACCAACCGUAUCUACCGGAUCUUCGAGCAAGGCAAGCAGACAGUCACGGCCCCACGCUUCAUUAGUCCCACCUCCCAGAUCGCCAUCACUUCCAGUCUGAUCUGCGUGCAGCUUCUGGGCGUGCUGAUGUGGUUCGCCGUGGAUCCACCAAACACCAUCGUCGACUACGAUGAGCAGAAAACCAUAAACCCCAUGUUGGCCCGUGGCGUACUGAAGUGUGACAUCACAGACCUACAGAUUAUCUGCUCAUUGGGUUACAGCAUCCUGCUGAUGGUGACCUGCACCAUCUACGCCAUCAAGACAAGGGACGUACCAGAAGACUUCAAUGAAGCAAAGCCCAUUGGCUUCACCAUGUACACCACUUGUAUAGUCUGGCUGGCCUUUAUCCCGAUUUUCUUUGGCACAGCCCAAUCUGCAGAGAAGCUGUACAUUCAGACAACCACCCUGACCAUCUCCAUGAACCUCAGUGCCUCAGUAGCACUGGGCAUGCUCUAUAUGCCCAAGGUGUACAUCAUUAUCUUCCACCCUGAGCUGAACGUACAGAAGAGGAAGCGGAGCUUCAAGGCUGUGGUCACAGCUGCUACAAUGUCUUCACGUUUGUCCCAGAAGCCCAAUGAGAGGCCCAAUGGAGAGGCUAAGACUGAGCUGUGUGAGAACCCUGCUGCUGACCCCAUGAGUCAAGCAACUAAGAAAACAUAUGUGAGUUACAACAACCUCAGGAUCUGA